AUUGUUUGAAAGAGACAUUUCCCAAUCCUUUUUCUUCCAUAACUAAACUGUCUCGUCUUCUCUCCGAUUUUUCAUCUCCUUCAUGAAUCAGACCCACCAAGGUUUCAGCAUCUUGAUUUGAAGUGAAGCUUCUGGAUUUGUUUGAUUAGAAGGAGCUUACUUUCAAUACAGUGCCUUUUAUUUGAUUAGCAUCAUGUCGAUGGGAACUAUGGAGACAGUUGGACACGUUUUUUCUGGGGCUGCACCUCAGUUUUUAAGUAGUGAUCUGUUUUCUAGCAAUUUGGAUUCAGUAUUUUACUCUAGAUGCCAUAUUAAGUCUGCGGAGAAAAAGGGCCCAAGGUAUUUGCGGUCCUUGAAGUGUUCAAGUAUGUCGGGAUGUCAAAUAGGAAGCUAUAGGUGUAAGCGACUAGGUGGUGGUUUAUAUAGGGAUACAGCAAUUGACAGAUUGAAGCUUCUUAGUUGCAAAUGCCAGCAGGCUGAAAGUGUGGGUGGAAUAGAUACAGAUGAAGGAAAUGCUGCGUGGUUUGUGGAUAGUGCAAAGAAAUUUAAUCUUAAUGGUUCAAUAAACUCGCAAAACAAUCUGGAGUUCGAGGAUAUUGAGAAAUUGAAGAGGGAAAACAAAGUCUCAAUGUCAAAUGAUAAAACUGGAACAGGGACAAGCACCUUUGCGGCAGCUAGUGUAGAUUCUAUCGAGGAAGAAGCGUGGGAGUUACUGCGUGCUUCCAUGGUUUAUUAUUGUGGAAGUCCUGUAGGAACUAUUGCUGCCAAUGAUCCCACAUGUUCCAAUGUGUUGAAUUACGACCAAGUCUUUAUUCGCGACUUCAUACCUUCUGGUAUUGCUUUUCUGUUAAAAGGAGAGUAUGAAAUUGUUCGGAACUUCAUACUUCACACACUUCAGUUACAGAGUUGGGAAAAAACAAUGGACUGUCAUAGCCCUGGUCAGGGACUGAUGCCUGCAAGUUUUAAAGUGCGCACAGUUCCUCUUGAUGGUGAUGAUUCAGCAACAGAGGAAGUAUUGGAUCCCGAUUUCGGAGAGGCAGCUAUUGGCCGUGUUGCACCUGUUGAUUCUGGAUUGUGGUGGAUUAUAUUAUUACGAGCAUAUGGCAAAUGUUCGGGCGACCUUUCAGUUCAGGAGAGAGUUGAUAUCCAAACCGGAAUCAAGAUGAUUCUGCGGCUGUGCCUUGCUGAUGGUUUUGAUAUGUUUCCUACAUUGUUGGUUACUGAUGGUUCUUGUAUGAUAGAUCGCCGCAUGGGAAUUCAUGGACACCCUCUGGAAAUUCAGUCACUUUUCUAUUCAGCAUUGUUAUGUGCACGUGAAAUGCUUACUCUGGAGGAUGGAUCAGCUGAUCUUCUUCGAGCAUUGAAUAACCGUCUGGUUGCUCUGUCAUUUCAUAUCCGAGAAUAUUACUGGAUUGAUAUGAGAAAGCUUAAUGAGAUUUACCGUUACAAGACUGAAGAGUAUUCAUAUGACGCCGUUAAUAAGUUCAAUAUUUAUCCUGAUCAAAUCUCUCCUUGGUUGGUGGAAUGGAUGCCUAAUAAAGGAGGUUACCUGAUUGGGAACUUACAACCAGCUCAUAUGGAUUUUCGAUUCUUUUCUCUUGGAAAUUUGUGGGCUGUUGUAAGUGGUCUUGCAACAACCACUCAGUCGCAUGCAAUAUUGGAUUUUAUUGAAGCUAAAUGGACGGAUUUGGUGGCAGAAAUGCCAUUUAAGAUCUGUUACCCAGCCCUUGAAGGUCAGGAGUGGCAGAUUAUUACAGGCUGUGAUCCGAAGAACACGCCUUGGUCUUACCACAAUGGUGGUUCCUGGCCGACUCUACUCUGGCAGUUCGCAGUUGCAUGCGUGAAGAUGAAUAGACCUGAGAUUGCUGCAAAAGCUGUUUCAGUUGCUGAGAAACGGUUAUCCAGGGACAAAUGGCCCGAGUACUAUGAUACUAAAAAAGCAAGGUUCAUCGGAAAACAAUCGAGACUGUUCCAAACCUGGUCUAUUGCAGGAUAUCUUGUGGCAAAACUUAUACUCGCGGACCCGAGUGCAGCGAAGAUUUUGACAACCGAAGAGGAUUCCGAGCUCGUCAAUGCCUUCUCCUGUAUGAUCACCGGUAACCCGAGAAGAAAACGCGGUCCAAAGAGUUCCAUAAAGACGUACAUUGUGUGAGGUAACCGAGUUGUGUGCCUAAUUGAUUUAUGGUUACAUUUUCAUCUUCUCUAAUGGCCAUAAUUUGGAAUUGGCUGUUGAAGCUAAAUAGGUGGUGCAACCACCAGAUUCAUGUACCCGAAUACUUCGGUAAAGAUCGUUUCUCUGACUUAGGGUAAUAGUUGUUAUACUUCUAUGGACAAUCGAUUCAUUUGUCGAGCUGUCGUAUUAGUGUAUAUGUACUGAAUCUCUGUCAAAGACUUGAUUGUAAAUCAUAAGAGCAUUACACA